AUGAGCGACUCGUAUUGGGGGCGGUAUCUGACCUGCGCCGUCUUUCAGAUCAUCUUCAUCCUGGUACUAUUUCUCACCUCUGGCUCUUGGGAACGUUGACUUGGGUGGUCGUGAUCUGUGAGUUCUCUAUGUUGAACUGACAGGGGCUGGUGCUCUUGUCUCUGUCGUCGUGGUUCAUUCUGGUCAACCCAGCCGACUGCGGAGACGGGAAGCUGGAGUGUCAACCCGCGACGGUCUUCGGAACUUCGCUCUUCUACAUGUCGAUCUAUCUGAUCGCCUUCGGAAAUGGAGGUUACCAGCCGGCCAUCGCCACGUUUGGACCGGACCAAUUCGACGAUAAUGAUCCCGUCGAGGAGCACUCCAAAGUCAUCUUCUUCACCUACUUCUACUUCGCCCUAAACGGGGGCUCCUUGCUGUCCAACACCAUUCUCGCUUACUACGAGGACGAGGGAAAGUGGACGACGGGAUUCUGGGCAGCGGCGGGUUCCGCCAUCGCCGCCCUGCUGCUCUUCUACUCGGGGCGGCGGCGGUACAGGCACUUCAAGCCCUGCGGCAACCCCCUGAACCGUAUCUCUCAGGUGUUCGUCGCCGCCGCGAGGAAGUGGGACGUCGUGCCUCCCCGCGAGGGGGCGGAGCUGUACGAGCUCGAAGGGAAGCAGUCUGCCAUCGCAGGGAGCAGGAAGAUCCUCCACAGCCAAGAUUUCAGGUGACGAUUACCUGCUGAACCUGUAAAAUAGAGCGACCGGGCGAGAGAGAGAGACAGAGAGACAGAGACAGAGACAGAGAGCUUGGACUUGGCCAUCGCCGUCUGAUGGAGUAUUUUCAUUUUUCAGGUUCUUGGACAAGGCGGCGACGUUGACCCCCGAGGACUGCCAGGGGAGCGGAGUGGGGGAGAAUCGAUGGAGGCUCUGCACGAUCACCCAGGUGGAAGAAGUGAAAUGCGUGCUCAAGCUCCUCCCCAUCUGGGUCUGCACCAUCAUGUACUCGGUGGUGUUCACCCAGAUGGCCUCCCUCUUCGUGGAGCAGGGGGACAGGAUGAACACGAUGGUGGGGCACUUCCACGUCCCCCCAUCGAGCAUGUCCGUCUUCGAUAUACUCAGCGUGCUAGUGCUCAUCGUCCUCUACGAGCGCGUCCUUGUGCCGGCGAUGGGUCGGGGGCUGACGGACCUCCAGCGCAUCGGCGUGGGGCUGCUGCUGGCGGCGCUGUCCAUGGUGGUGGCGGGGCUAGUGGAGCUGGCGCGGCUGGGGAGGGUGGCGGCGCCGGACCUGCCGAGCUCCCUCACCAUAUUCUGGCAGGUCCCACAGUACGCGCUGAUCGGCGCCUCCGAGGCCUUCGUCUACGUCGGUCAGCUGGAGUUCUUCAACGGGCAGGCCCCCGAUGGUCUCAAGAGCCUGGGGAGUUCCCUCUGCAUGGCCUCCAUCUCCUUCGGGAACUACUUCAGCAGCAUGCUGGUCACCGUCGUCGCCGACCUCACCGCCGGCGAGACGAGCCCCGGCUGGAUCCCCAGGAACCUGAACCUCGGCCACCUCGACAGGUUCUUCUUCCUCCUGGCCCUCCUCACCGCCGCCGACUUCCUCGUCUACCUCUUCUGUGCUACCUGGUACAAGCGCAUCAGAGUGGAGAGAAGCGUGUGGGGGGAGAGGAGAGCCGAAGACCUGCUCGAAGAGGCCUGA